GCCCGAAUGUUUUUCUACACUGCGUGACGAUGAAGUGGCAUAUAAGAAACUAUGCGCAUAGGCAAACGUUAAUAUUUUAAUUUUAAUUUAUUAAAAUUUCGACAAUUUUAAGAAUUUAAAGAUUAAAGGAAAUUUGUAAAGAAUAUCUUCAUGGACUCUAUUGCUUAAGCAGCUCGUAUUUUUUUAAAAUUAAAGUGGAAAAAGUAUCUGUUUUUCCUGUUCUGUUGGGGAAUUCGUUAACUUUGUACAAAUGACAAAAAAGCUACAAAUGUGAUUUGUAUAUUAUAAAUAUUUAAUAUAUUUAUUUAUUUCUUACAUUUUUCCUUUAUUUCCUUUUUAUAAUUUAACCUUUAUGUAAUACAAAAUAAAUAUAAAAAAGAAUAAUUUUAAAAUGCAGCGAAAUUAUUAUGUAAAAUUACCGACGAGUGGUCGAUUUACAAUUUGAUGCGAAAUCACAUAAGAGAGGUUAUGUUACGAACGAUUUAUAAUUUUCUAUAUAUUUUAAACAUGGAAACCCCUGAAAAUUUUCCAUUUCCUUUUCCACCAUAUCCAAUUCAGAAUCAAUUUAUGAAACAACUUUAUCAAUGUCUGGAGAACAGUAAUUUGGGAAUUUUCGAAAGUCCCACUGGUACUGGAAAGUCACUCUCAAUAAUUUGCGGUGCAGUUAAAUGGCUUUUAGAUCACGAAUUACAUGAGAAAAAUAAUUUAAUAACAAAAAUAAAAGAAAUAAAUGAUAAGAUUGAUGAACUCACGAAAGAAUGCGGCGACGAUUGGUUUUCACUUCAAACACAACAAUUACGCUUGACAAAUGAAAGACAACUUUUGCAGGCAAAAUUAGACGCUAUGGUAAAAUUUGAUGAAAAGAAAAAUAAAUUGAAACAACGUUUAAAGCAGGAAAAGAAGACAAAGAAGCCUUAUGUUAAAUCAAAAAUUCCUGUAAAUGCAGAGAAAGAAAAUCUCAAAACCGAUGACAAAGAAAAUCCAAUUGAAGAUAUUAAUGAUCAAGAUCUACUUCUAAAUGAAGCGAACUCAGAAUCUGAUGCAUCCGACGAGGAUGAAUCUUUAGAAUUAUAUAAAAAUUGUAAAAUAUUCUUUUGCUCGAGAACUCAUUCACAACUUUCGCAAUUUGUCGGUGAAUUAAAAAGCAGCCCUUAUUCCGAAAGUGUUUCAGUUGUUCCUCUCGCUUCAAGACAAAAUUAUUGUAUUAAUAAAUUCGUGAAGAAACUUCGUAACGUUAAUAUGAUUAAUGAUCAGUGUCUGCAAUUCCAAAGGAGAAAAACAACUUCAAAAAAGGAGAAGACUUUGAAAAAGAUGAAAUCAACAAGUGGUUGUCCAUUCAAACCUGGUGAUCAGGAAUUAUUACUGGCGGAAAUUUUAACUAAUAUACAAGAUGUCGAGGAAAUUGCAAGUAAAGGCGAAGAAAUAAAUACUUGUUCCUAUUACGCGUCAAGAAAAUCUGUUGAAGACGGACAAAUAAUUUUAGUUCCAUACAAUUCAAUUUUACAUAAAAAUACUCGAGACAGUUCGGGGAUAAAUUUGAAAAAUAAUAUUCUUAUAAUCGACGAAGCUCACAAUCUUUUAGAGGCAAUUGAAAGAAUGCACAGCAUUACUAUCACAGGAAGACAUAUUUUCCACUGUUACAAUCAAGUUUCUCAAUAUCAAAAAAGAUUUCAGGCACUUUUUUCCGCUAAAAGUGUAAUGUACUUAACACAACUGACUUUUUGUUUAAAAAAACUUCUGAAAAUGUUGGGAGGUAAUUUUAAAUCACAACCAAAUGACAGUGCGGACAAAGGAGCAAUGUCUAAACUUUAUACAGUAAGAGAUUUUGAAAUGGCUGCAGAACUUGAUACUGUAAAUAUAUUUCAUUUAUUGGACUUUAUUAAAAAUUCGAAACUCAUUCACAAAUUACGAGGCUAUGCAGAUAAGUAUGAAAAUGGAGUGGUAAUAAAUACAGUGAGUAAAAAAGAAAUGGGAGUGAAGGCAUUUUUAAACAAAUUACAAGAUAAGGAAGACGUUGAAGAAAUUGAUAGAAAAUUAAAUGAAAAAGAAAGUGACGAGAGUAGUAGUAAUCCUUUAAUUUUCAUCAAUAGUUUUUUGGAAUAUUUACUCUCGAAAAAUGCCGACGGACGAGUGUUUGUUAUUCCUGGCGCGACUGUUGGUCAAGGAACAUUAAAAUUUCUUCUUCUUAAUCCCGCUGCUCAUUUUCAUGAUAUUGUGCAAGAAGCAAGAGCUGUAGUUUUAGCUGGCGGCACAAUGGAACCAAUGUCAGAAUUUAAGGAACAAUUAUUUAUUGGUGCUGGUGCGAAUCCCGAAAGAAUAAUGACUUUUUCGUGUGAUCAUGUAAUUCCAAAGGAAAAUAUUCUCACGAAUGUUGUUACUAAAGGACCCACUGGAAUUGAAUUUGAAUUUAAUUAUCAAAAUCGAGGAAAUGAUAAAAUGUUGAGUGAAUUGGGACGCACUUUGCAAAAUAUUUGCAAUAUUGUUCCGGCUGGAAUUGUUGUAUUUCUGCCUUCCUAUAGUUACGAAGAAUUAUUGUACAAAUAUUUAGAGAAUUCCGGAGUUUUGGCGAAACUUGGCUCUAAAAAGUGUAUAUUUCGUGAGCCAAAAUUAACAUCACAGGUGAAUCAAGUUUUGGAAAAGUAUGCACAAGCUGUAAAAAAUCCUGUGAAACCACAAAAUGGUUCACUAUUAUUCAGCGUUGUUGGCGGUAAACUAAGCGAGGGUUUGAAUUUUUCUGAUGAUCUGGGAAGGUGUAUCAUUGUUGUGGGAAUGCCUUAUCCCAAUAUCAAAUCACCCGAACUUCAAGAGAAGAUGAAAUAUUUGAAUGAAAGUGUGAAACCAGGAGCUGGAAAUAUUUUUUACGAAAAUUCGUGCAUGAAAGCUGUUAAUCAAUGUAUUGGCCGCGCUGUUAGGCACAGUAGAGAUUACUCAACUGUUAUUUUAUUGGAUAAACGUUAUUCAAAUAAAAUUAGCGCACUUCCCGGCUGGAUUCAACGCACAGUGGCAAUUAAUACAGCCUUUGGAUCCGUUAUUGGAAGUAUGGCCAAGUUUUUUGCCGAGAAAAGAGCAGCCAAUCAAUCCAAAUGGAGAAAUUUCAACGCAACCAACUAAGUGAGAGUAGUGCUUAGCCUUUUUUAUUCCAAGGUCGAAUGCCGAAGAAAUGGAAUACAAUUAUUUUCCCCUCUUCUGAGAAGAAAAAAAAAGAAAAGAAAAAAGAACGCAUAAGAAGAUUACUACAGACAGAUCUUCCAUGACCUAGAGAGGAACAAUCAUGUGAAAGUGUUUCGCUUUCGUUCACCAUCUCGUAAAAGUUUAUUAAACUUAUUUAUAUCCUUUCUUGCGUGAAAUUGGAAAUAAAUUUGAAGUGUUAUGGCAAGUCAAAAAAGGGAAAGUAAGCUGCGCGGUGAAGAAAAAAGUGGUACAGGUAUAUCAAGCGACUUGUGAAAAUAAUUAAUUCAGGCCACGAAGGACACUUUUUUCUUCAUUUACGUGAAGGAAUAGGAGAAGGAUUUUUUCUUGAAUGGGAAAUUAAUUAUGAGACCUGGUCCAGCAGGUGAGAGUGAGGAGAAGACAUGACAAGGAAGAGAGUGUCUUGGAUGCUGGUGUUUCAUGUUCUCAUCAGUAGUCAACCGCAUCUCGCGGUGCUCUAUUCACAUGGCCCAUAUAAAGAAAUCAAAAAUUUCACCGGCUCACAAUUAAUCUCGACGUAAACACUGCAAAAUUUCGCGGGAACAAGAAAUUAAACAAAGGCCAAUUAAAUUAUCCAACAAUUUUAUCAGGUCAAAAAAGUGGAAUGUUUAAGAAAAAUGUGUCUGUGAUUAUAAAAGGAAUAAUUCGAAACAAAAAGUUUUUUUCUACAAGAAAUCGAAAGUCAAUGGAUUUAAAUAUUGACGACAAGAAAGUUUUGCUGAACAAAAAUUUCUAAUUUGUGGCCUGGUUCCGUGUCCUAGUUGGAGUGUACACAGCCAUCUUCUUCAGUGUCAUUUCUUCGUAGAGAUUGUAAAAUUCAAGACUCCCCCAAGACAGUACACUGAACUCCAAAUGAACUUCUGCUUUUCAAAUUUGAUUCAUCGAUAGACAAAGAGAAACACCAACAAAAAUGAGGGAAAAGAGAUCUUCUUUUCCUGUAUCAUUUCAAUUUUUAACACUUUGGCAAAUUUAAAUAAUCUUUUUAAAUAAAAAAAAAAUGAAAGUUGGAAUUUAA